UUUUCCAGAAGUUGAAUUCUUCAGAGCUCCUGAAAUGAACGAACUGAUGAUCGAGAUUCUGUUUUGCUUUUGUCGUGAGCAUGCUAGCAACUCUUACAAGCAGGGUAUGCAUGAACUGCUGGCUCCUUUAAUUUUCAUCCUGCAUUGCGACCAUCAAGCCUAUCUACAUGCUUGUGAGAUAGAAAGUGUGCUAACUGUCAUAAAGGAAGUAAUGGACCCAGCAUACCUUGAGCAUGAUGCAUACACCAUGUUCUGUCAAGUGAUGGAAACAGUAGAGCCGUGGUACUUGUCUAGAGACAUGUUCUAUAGCCACUCUAAGAGUGGCUCAAUGAGAAACUUGGAGAUGAUCAAUGCGACACCAUUUUCUAAAUCUCAAGACCUCAAUCCCUCAAGUGCAAUAGUGACAAAGCUCACUCGAAUUCAAGACUACAUUCUUAAAAAAUUUGACCCUGAGCUACACCAGCACUUGGAACGACUGGAGAUAGUACCUCAGAUUUAUGGCAUUCGUUGGCUACGCUUACUUUUUGGCAGAGAAUUCCCCAUGCAAGAUCUGUUAAUGCUUUGGGAUGCAAUCUUCGGCGAUGGCAUUGGUUUUGAUUUGGUUGACUACAUUUUUGUAGCAAUGCUGAUGUAUAUUCGAGAUCUUUUAUUGACCAGUGAUUAUGCCACUUGCCUGACUGUACUCAUGAAGUACCCACCUGUGCCAGAUGUCCAUUACUUUGUGGUGAAGGCAUUGUGGAUAAGAGAACCAAAUCAACAUCCUCGACCCCCCAACUAUACUCAUCAGGGAAACCUGAAGUCUGGUGGCAGCUUUUCUAGUGGUACUGAAAACAUCAGCAGUGCUUCAGUUGGAGCUCUUAUAGGCAGUCGAGGCACUGGCAAAAACAGUGUUAACAGUCCUAUUGGCUCCACGGUAAGCUUGUCACACGUAGAGGAAUCCAUGUUUCGCCAUGCACCGUCUGCCUCCAGUCUUGCCCAAAUGGAGAGCUCUAACUUAAGAUCUGCUCAGUCCAGUCCAGGUCUUCGUCAUUCUUCAGUGUUUCCACUGACACCAGAUGAUGUCUCCUUAACCAGCAGCCCUACAAAAAACAACACCCUACCUGGAAAAACUAAGGGAAAACGGAAAAAGUUGACAAAAUCGGAACAAGAAAUGCAGGAGAAAAUAUCACACUUGCAGGGAGAGCUCAAUGACAAGGCCUCCAUGUGCAGAUACUGUGCUUGUAAAUUAGAUGUGCAUAUUGGUCGCCUUCAGCAAGACCUUUCCAGACAGAACAUUGAAGUGGAUGAUGAUAUCAUGGUGUCUUUAGCUGGACUUAAGCUGGUUCGUGAUAUCCUGAAUGGCACCCUCAAAUUUACCCUGACAUUUGCUGCUGAAGAUGACGAGAUCCAGAUAAAUGAUGAUUACUAUGGCAAUCACAACGGGGGUGCGGACAGCACUGGCGUCACAUCACCUGACUCUGAUAAUCUUCUUGGAGCUACCUCACCUGGUGAAGAUGAGCUGAAACCAGAGAAACAAAAAAACAAGUUAUUUUACAUGAGCAGUGAGGAAACCAACUCUCCAGAUUCAUAUCCGGCAGGGUCAUUAGCUGCCAGUUUUUCAAGCGGAACCAAGGGAAGUAAUCAUUUAGACUUUAAUUACUAUAGUGAGGAUAUUGACCCUUCAUUUUCAGAAAAUGUGAGAGCUGUUGAUAGAAAAUUAUCACUUGAGAAAGAUGUUAUCUUCAGUGGAGAUGAUGCAAAGAGCAGUUCUAGUUCUGUACAAACUGCUUCAAAAAUUAGGCGCAUAUCAAAGCCUGAAUCCAGUACGGAUGUGCAGUUUAAACAGGUUCAGGUACAGCAUUCUCAGGGCUUAAGCACCAGAGAAUCAGGAAUCCCAAUGUCUGCAGGUAAAACUGAUGAUGAGUGGCUGAUUACUUCACAGGCCGAGAGUGAAAACUUUCAUGAAACUCAUACACAAGCUACAAACCUGAAUUAUAAACAAGCACAUACAGACAAAACACAGGCAUCCAUAGAUACCCGGUGGAGAGCACAGUCUAAUGUGGAAAGCUCUUUUCACUGGCCAGGUUUUUCUUCAUCGCCUAUACGCCGCAUGUCUAGGGAAAGUCAUCCAGGUUACUCUGAUGAGGAGGGACAUGUGGAAAGAAUUGUCUCAAAACAAAAAGAUGAGCAGAAAGGUAGACAAAGAUCCAAAAGUCAGCCAUCAGCAUUUUCAGGUAGUACAUAUCAUCCUUCAUUAUUUCAUACUACAGCUGGUAAGGAGAACAAACUGGAUAAGCUGUGA